AUGACUGCGGGUUGGAUUCUCUUCCAUGCCGUGAAGUCAUCAUGCUGCGACCCUUACGGAUUAUCUCCGUCGACAGGCUACCAACUGCCGGAUGGCGUUGAGCUCCUGAUCGGAGGCAUCAGGACAACUUUCCGAUGUCCCGCAAAAUACGGAUACUAUGCUGACGUCGACAACGAUUGCAAGCUCUUCCAUGUGUGCAACCCCAUGCCGACAGUGGACAACAGACUUCAAGUGCAGCAUUACAGCUUCCUAUGUGGCAACCAGACAGUAUUCAAUCAACUCACAUUGACCUGUGCGCAUGAAGACGAAUCGAUACCAUGUGAAAACGCUCCAGAUUUUUUCUACGUGAACGACAAUUUCGGUCGCGAAGACGAAGUGUUCUUGACAAACAAUGAUGUGGAGAGCGGAUACAAUCUGUACACGGGUUUCGGUCGCAGGAAGAGCUACGAUCCUUGA